CUCACAACUUUUUCGAUAUUCCAUACGGAGGAAUUUUUGUAUUAAUUUUUCAUACACCAUCAAUUAUUGUGUAUCUCCUCUCUAAUUGUUGCUUUUUCAUAUAGACGAACAAAUAUACAACAAGAUAAUAAUAACAGUGGCAUCAUCAUUGAAAUAAUUUGAAUCUUGUUUUUCAACUCACUUUUUGAUCAUCCACACAGUUCACCAUUCAUUGUUGGAUUAAUUGCUCAUAUAAUAUUAUUAUUUAAUAAUAUAAAUACAUUGGAAAAUGAUGCUCGAUGAUACCCCUUCACCAACACAACAACUUCCACUUCCAUUAUAUCAAAAACAACUAGUUUCUUACAAUGUGGAUAGCACUACAACUGUAACUCUCCCUAAACGUUAUGAACCUGUUAGAGAUGAACAAACUGGUCAAAUUUGUAUUCUAGGUCAAGGAGGUUAUGGUAUUGUUAUUGCUGCUCGUGAUCGUCAACAUGGCAACAGAUUAGUUGCUAUAAAGAAAAUUGGAGAUGUUUUCAAUGUUGCUCCAUACAGAAUGUUACGUGAAGUUUUAAUUAUGAAACACUUGAGAGGACAUCCUUUCAUUGUUGAAUUAAUUGAUAUUUUCGUACCUGGUCAAACAUUGUCAGAAAUGAAUGACUUGUAUAUUGUAUUGGGAAUGAUGAAUGGAGGUGAUUUGAAACAAUUAAUGUCUCAAAAGGUCCAAGAAGGAGGUAUCUCUAUGGAAGGUAUCAAGGAUAUUAUGUGUCAAUUGUUGAGUGCUUUGCAUUAUAUGCACAGUGCUGGUAUUUUGCAUCGUGAUCUCAAGCCAAGUAAUAUUCUUGUUGGAAAUAAUGGAGAUGAAUUACAAUUUAGAUUGUGUGAUUUUGGUCUUAGUACAAAGGAAGAAAGUGAUUCAGUAACCAAUCCAGAGUCCAUGUACGUUGUCACUAGAUAUUAUCGUCCACCAGAAGUUAUUCUGCAAUAUGAAAUUCAAAGCUCUGCCAUUGAUGCUUGGUCUGCUGGUUGUAUAUUUGCUGAAUUGUUAUAUCUCCUUCCUCCAAAACCACAAAGAAGACCACUCUUUGUUGCUCGUAAAUCAGGAGCUAACAUUCAAGGUAUUGAGGAACACUUGAACUUGAUUGUAUCACUUUUGGGUAAACCAGAAAUGAGUGAUGUUAAGGGAACUGCUAAUGGUGUAAAAUAUUUCGAACGUUUAUUUGGUCUCUACCCAAGUGAUGGUUUGGAUUUGAAACAAAUUUUCACAUCUUCACCACCUGAAGCUCUUGAUUUGUUGAGAAAAUUCUUGAUAUGGAAUCCAGAAAAACGUAUUUCAUUUGAUGAAGCUGUUAAUCAUCCAUUCUUGAAGGGUAACAAGUACAUUAAUUUGACACCACACCCAGAAAAGAUUGAAAUUGACAUUGAAAAGAAGGCUGACUCUAACACUUUCAAGUACAUGUUCUACCAAGAAGUGAUAGAAUGGGCCAACAGAAAUGGAGAACAAUUCUAAAUGAUAAUUUUUGUAUUCUUAUUUGUAAAGAUAUUUUAACUUAUUUCAAAAGAUGAAUAAAAUUUGUAAAAUUAACCUUUUAUUGA